UACUAUGUAUGUUCGCUAUUUCUACCUUUUUUUUGGUAAAACCAAUAGUUUUAGUCAUCAUCAUCCCUUUGUUCAUCCUUUGAAACUUUUGGUUUAGCUUCUGGGUUCUUGUCUUCAUUCCUGAGAAAAUGAUUGAUGUGGAUGGAAACUAUGAGAUUCUCUCCCUCUCUCGAACCCAUCUCCAAUAUUAUCAUCGUCAAUCAUCUCCAAUAUUCAUCCUCUGCUUUCUCUGUCCAUAAGAGUUUUCCCCCAAACAGAUAACUUGAUAAGCAAGUAACUAGGGUAGUGAUGAUUACAUGCAAAUUUACUUGGAUUUGAGUUCAUGUUUUCAUGUCACAUUAAAAAGAAGAAUAACAAGCCAAAGCGAUGAAUGAUAAUAAGUGUUCAUAUUCAAAGUAAAACAAAAUAAACACAUAUGUGAAUAUCAUAUUAGAAGAAUUUACUUGGUCUCUACUUCAAGAAAUAAUGAAAUUUGUAUAGAAUGAGACUUGACUUGUGUUUAUAUAAAGUUAACAAAAUAAAUUAAAAUCUAUAUAAACUUCAUGAUAAUUAUCUUAAAAAUAUAUUUAUCUUAAACACAUAUUUAUCCUAAACAUAAAUAAUUAUAAUUUCAAAUUUAUAUAUUAAUUAUUGAAAUAUCAAAAUGGGGUAAAAAGGUAAAUUCACAUUAAUGAAAGUGUAGUUUUCAAAAAAAAUAAAGACAAUAUAUUUUUCAAAUUUCAAAUCUUAAAUAGGGUAUUUUGCAAAUUAUCCCAUAAUAUAAUAUAUUUUAUUAGAUUACAAUAUUUCUGCACAAAAAAAGAUGACUAAGAAGAGUACUCGGUCAUUAAUCUUUCAUAUAUAUAUUUAACUCUUUCAAAUGUUGAUUUACAACUCUGUUAUCUUAAAAUUGUCAUCAUUAAUAUGGUAAGUUUAAUUAUCUUCAGAAAUGGUAAGUAAUUAUCUUAGUUUUAUUGUUUUGUUAAAUAUUCUACUAUAUCAGGCUUAAUAUGUAAAUAUCAUUCAUAAUAUACAAGUAACUUUGUAAGAUAUAGAAAAAAGAUCAUGUUUCUCUAGGUGAAAAAGAAUUUCAUAGGACAUUGUGCUUACAUUACAAAUAUGUUGGAGAACCAAAGAGAAAUUAAGGCCAAUAUCAUUUUCAUUAGUGUCGACAACAAGCUUUAGUGAAAUCAUUUUCUUUUAAAAUUGGUCUAUAUAUAAUUUAACUAAUGUGAUAAUUAAAGGUCAAUUGACCAUGUAUCUAGUUCACUCCCUUAAAAUUACUUGUAUAUAUUCUACUAAUAAAAAUUACUUGCAGAUAUUCGCUAAUUACGUAAAAGUUACAUUUGUUUAUGCAAAUGAAAAAAAAAUUACAAGCAGGUGAAUAGCAAAAUUUAUAUACUGUAUAUAGUAGUUUGUUCUUCUUUUUUUCUUAUAAGGAACGUUUUUUCUUCUCUAUUGUUUUUAGCAUGAUUUUUUUUAUUUUCAAGAUUACAAAGAAAAUAUCUUCAAGUAGCAGUAAAUGUUUAUUUUAAUUUUCUGACAUUAUUCAUAUUAGCAAAACAUUGUUUAUUCUGUUUCCAGCGUGCUCAUGUCAAAGUAGUUGUCAGUUUGCAACACUAAUAUGAUACCAACAACAAUAUUUCUUAAUAAGAAGAAAACAACAAUAAUUUAAAUGAAACUAGAAUUGGUCCACUUGGCCGAUGAAAAUUCCCAGUUGACUCUCAAGACAAGAGAGAACGACAGAGACAGAGACAGAGACAGAGACAGAGAAACAGAGGCAAGCUGCCAUUUGUUGGGAGCAGGACAGAGAGAUUGUUCAAUGUCUCCUCUUACAAGCUUCCACCGUAUUGCUCACGACACAUUCUCCUCCUUCCUACUCUCACUGGACGGAUCUUUCUUACUGGGUUCAGAAGAUGUCGUUAAUACCCGGAUCAGCCUCUGGUGGGAGCAAGCGAGAGCUAUAGUAGUUGUGCCCUUCUUCAAAUUCCUGGUGGCUCUAUGCUUGAUCAUGUCUGUGAUGUACUUCGUUGAGGUCAUGUACAUGGGGAUUGUGGUAGCGUAUGUCAAGUUAUUCAAGAGAAAGCCAGAGAAAGUUUACAAAUGGGAAGCUAUGGAGAAUGAUGCUGAAUGUGGCAGUAAAAGCUUCCCUAUGGUUUUGGUGCAAAUACCUAUGUACAAUGAAAAAGAGGUUUGUGAGCAAUCAAUUGCAGCUGCUUGCAAAAUCUCAUGGCCAUCAAAUCGUAUUAUAAUUCAAGUGCUUGAUGACUCCACUGAUCCAGCAAGUAAGGAGCUGGUGAGAAGGGAAUGUGAGAGAUGGUCAAGAGAAGGCGUCAACAUAACCUUUGAGAUAAGAGAUAACAGGAACGGAUACAAAGCUGGCGCGUUGAGAGAAGGAAUGAAGCAUAGCUAUGUGAAGCAGUGUGACUAUAUUGCUAUCUUUGAUGCUGACUUCCAGCCUGAACCUGACUUCCUCCACCGUACUGUUCCUUUCUUAAUUCACAAUCCCAAGUUAGCACUUGUUCAAGGCCGGUGGGAGUUUGUGAAUGCGGAUCAAUGCAUGAUGACAAGACUGCAGGAGAUGUCUCUAAGCUACCAUUUCACAGUAGAGCAACAAGUUGGAUCUUCAACAUUUGCCUUCUUUGGUUUCAAUGGAACGGCUGGUGUCUGGAGAAUCUCAGCACUGAAUGAGUCUGGAGGAUGGAAUGACCAGACAACAGUUGAAGACAUGGACGUAGCUGUAAGAGCCACACUCAGAGGCUGGAAAUUACUAUAUAUAGAUGAUCUCAAGGUGAAAAGUGAGUUACCUUGUUCAUUCAACGCCCUCCGUAGCCAGCAGCAUAGAUGGACUUGUGGCCCUGCCAAUCUAUUCAGGAAAAUGGCUGGACAAAUAAUAAGAAGCGAGAAUGUUUCUCUAUGGAAGAAGCUGUAUAUGUUGUACAGCUUCUUCUUUAUGCGCAAGGUCGUGGCUCACAUCCUCACCUUUUGCUUCUACUGUGUUAUCUUGCCAGCAACUGUUCUGUUCCCAGAAGUCACAGUUCCUAAAUGGGCUGCGUUUUAUCUCCCUGCUUUGAUCACUCUCUUUAUCGCAAUCGGUAAACCAAGAUCAGUCUACCUGUUGGCGUUUUGGGUUCUGUUUGAGAAUGCAAUGUCCAUGCUUAGAACGAAGGCUCUGGUCAUGGGCUUGUUUGAGACAGGAAGAGUACAAGAAUGGGUUGUGACAGAGAAACUAGGUGAUGGCCUCAAGACCAAGCUGAUUGGGCAAGUACCUAAUGAACAUCAAGUCAGAUUCAGAGAUAGGGUGCAUUUUCUGGAACUAUUUCUUGGAGUGUACUUGUUGUUCUGUGGAUGCUACGAUAUCAUCUAUGGGAAGAACAAACUUUAUCUCUAUGUGUACCUUCUAAUGCAGUCAGCAGCCUUCUUCGUUGUUGGUUUUGGAUUUGUGGGCAAAUAAUAUGUUCCUGCUUCCUCCUAAAGUCAUAGAUAGGUCAAAAAAGUCUCAAUAUGUUUCAAAAGUUUUUUAUUUGAUACCAUAUUGAGAACACCUUUUUUUUGUUGGAUACACUUGUAUUACCAAUUGAUUUUUUGUAACACAAUAAAUCUCAAAAAGUGACCAAUACAAACUCAUCUUGACUUGGACUUCACGUCUGAGAGAAACUUCAUGCUUCUUGUACAUCAACGAAACUAUCAGCCAUUAGAUUCACAUACAUAAACCAAAGUGACGUAAGCAACGUGGUAAUUGACCGAGUCAAAGGAUGUGGAAGAUUGUUUGUCACAGACUCACUUGACGCCAUGAUAGUUUUAUUGUACACGUGGCUGCAUGUUAACUACACAUAACACUAACUAUGUCUGAAA